AUGGAGAGGGCACGCAAGGCUAGGGAGUUUCAUGAGAAACGCAGAAGACACUAUAAUGAGAUGCAGAUGGUUCGAGCACUCCGUGAACAAGGGCGGCUAGAGGCCUCUGAGGAGGAUGAGGACGACGACGAGUUGGAUAGUAACUCUGCUGAGAGAAAUGGAAAUCGUAAGGAGAAUUGUCGACGAUGA